UCCUGAAGUUAAGACAUCCAAUAUCAGCGAGAGUAGCACAACUCCAUUUGGAUUCUGUGAUGUUAGGUGCUCUUUAACAACAGUAAUCUUGGAUUAACCUAAGGAACCCAGCAUGGCUUUAUUUAUUGCAAUCAUCGUGCUGGCGACAACUUUACUUCUGAUUUACUAUUUCACGAAGCCCAAGAGGACUUACUCCUACCCCCCGGGACCCAAAGGGCUACCAAUAAUUGGCAGCGUCCUCGAUGUGUCCCCCACCCAUCUUCACGUGUCCCUGACGGAAUUUGGUAAGACGUACGGCGAUCUUUUCUCCGUUAAUCUCUUGGGGAAUCGCGUCGUUGUCCUCAACAGCGUCGAGGUUAUCCGGGAGGCCUUCUUCACGGAGGAGUACGGUGCUGUGUUCGCCGGGAGGCCUUUCAGCUUCCUGGGCAAGUACACUGACAACAACUGUAGCUCUUUCUCCUUCAUGUCCACCUGUAAAAUCUGGCAACGAUUGAGGAAGAUUGUGUACAAGACGAUUAACAUGUACGGUGACGGCGUGCAGGAGGCAGAGAACAACAUCUUGGAAGAACUGCAUAACGUCAUCCAGUGGAUCGAAGAGAGGAGUAAGACGCCGAUCGAUGUUGCUGACGUCAUCGUACCAUCGAUUUCCAACAUUAUGACUUACCUGCUGAUUGGUCGACGGUUUGACUACGAGAGCCCGGAGCUGAAAUCUGCAGUCCACAUGUCAAUCGGCAUCAACGAUAUGGGAACAGCUGGGAUAGACGCUCUAAUGACAAUGAUGCCAUUCCUACGGUUCUUCCCCUUUGGUUAUGGCGCCCUCUAUAAACGGUACAUGGCCGGCAUCCAGCAGUAUCUUCAGUACUACCACCAUGCCCAAAAGGCUAGCCAUGACCCAUGCAUAACACGAGGGUUAAUCGACGUUCUUUUGAAAACACAAGAAGAGCUCCGCGCUAAGGGAGAUUACUGUCCAAUAAGUGACGAAAAUGUUACUUCCACCAUGAAGGAUACCAUUGAAGCAGGUACCCUCACGACAAGAGCAUCCCUCAUAUCUUUCUUCCUUGUGAUUGGUCACAAACCGGAAGUUGUUAAGAGGAUUCAGGGCGAGAUACGACGUGAGAUCGGGGGAAGAUCGUCCUCCGUCCUUGAAGGAUCGGCCAGAAAUGCCCGUACACAGAAGGCCACAGUGCUCGAGAUCGUCCGCUUCGUCACCCCCAAUUCCUCUCGCCCUGCCACAUUGCACCAUGUCGGAAACCACGUUCAGAGGUUAUCAUCUCCCAAAAGAUACACUGUUCUGCCCAACUACUGGGGAGUCAAUCAUAGCGAGAGGUACUGGAAGAACCCCAAUGACUUCAUCCCUGAGAGGUUCCUGGAUGACUCCGGCAAACUAUUGCCCCUGGAGCACCCUAACGACGCAAGUAACUUGAUGUCCUUCAGUAUCGGGAAAAGAUCGUGUCCCGGUGAGAAUUUCGCCAAAUCCCGGAUAUUUCUCUUCAUCACGUCCCUGCUGCAGAGGUUCAACUUCUCCGCCAGCGAGGACCACCCUCUUCCGCCCCUGGACUCCAGAUUCUUCAACCACGGAAUUGUUCCAUGUCCCCGAGCCUUUCAAACUACGUGUAGAGGUCCGAUCCUAGGAAAACCUCAUAGAAUUCUGUACAAUACAAUUUGAUAAGUUUUCAGUGUAGUAUUUUGAUACAGUUUGGGAAAUUAGUCCUUGUGAUUAUUGACCCGGAACUUCCUUUAUGCUUAACAGCUGCUUUACGAACAUCUGUUACGACGCCAAGAUUGAAAAUCGUUUUGUGGAGCUAAGAAAGCGUGUCUGGUAGAGACGCACAAUUCGAUGUAUGGCCAUCACGUUUUAUUUAUGGCACUGGUACAUGUACGUUAAUGGCGAACCUUUUCCACUUAAUGUAAUUCUGGUCCAAGCUGUGUAGUCUAUUGUUGAUCCCUGCCUUUGCGAUGACGAUUUAUGAGUAAACUGGUGACGUAGUACUCAUGUAUUACAAGAUAAUAACUAACAAUACAAUUUGGAUCAGAGUUGUUCAUGCGCGUGAAAAGGCACCUAAAUAGUAUCUCCAGCGUACAUGAACUGUGUAUCUUAUUAAAUAUGUCGUCUAGACAGCAACUAUUCGUAAAAGUCAACGCCCAUAUCGAAAAGCAAAGGGCUUGAGUGGAGAGGCGACGGUAGACUAAUGUUGGGAUAUGCGCGCGGUCAGGCAGCGUUAUAUAAACUAAUGGGAACAUUUGGAGAGUUCUAGUUUUGUCUAGUUAAAGAAUAAAAGCCUUUCCUUAUUAGGCCUGGUUGUCUGUUGGUCCUAUACGCUCAGUGAGUUAUACUACAGCUCCAAAACUUCACUUGCCAAUGUAGGCAUUUUGGGAACCUCAAGAAAUUCGUCUUGUUACCAUAGU